UACUGGGUUCGUUCAUGGUCGUUCUAACGCGAUUAUUUAAAAGCAAGGCUGCUCCAGUCCAGACUUAAGUCCUUCUCACUAGGGAAGCCUGUAAAAAGUGAGGCGAGACUCGCGGCUUUCUGCAGUGCAAACCUUUCCCUAGCUGCCUAUUGCCGGGUCCAUCCCACGAGAACCCCUCGAGACCCCUCGCAGUGAUGUCAUCCGGAGCCAGCCAGGGAUGUGAUGAAGCAUAUCUGUGGGGACUGCAGGAUACCCAGAGGCGCCGUCGGUGACUGGGAGGGAACAGGUGUGUGACUCCUCUCCUUGCCCAUUCUUCCUAUGCUCUCCCGGCUCAACGCGCCCUCGGCGGAGGAGCGUUCAUCUCGGGCCAGCAGCCCGGCCAUGAAGGAGCUCCCAGCGGAGCCUAAGGACCAGCAGCUCAUGGUAGCACUUCGGAUUCGUCCAAUUAAUGACACUGAGUUGGAUGAGGGAGCUGCAGUCAUUGCCCACAAAGUGGGUGAUCAGAUGGUGGUGCUUAUGGACCCAGGUGAAGAUCCAGAUGAUGCUUUGAGAGCCAAUCGUUCCCGUGAAAAGACAUUUAUAUUUGAUAUUGUUUUUGAUCAGCAAGCUUCCCAGGAGGAGGUGUACUGUUCCACAACUCAGCACUUAGUGGAAGGAGUCAUUUCUGGAUACAAUGCAACAGUCUUUGCAUAUGGCCCAUCAGGUGCUGGUAAAACUUACACCAUGCUGGGGAUGGACUCUGAGCCUGGGAUCUAUCUCCAGACAUUGAAUGAUCUCUUUCGGGCUAUUGAAGAGACUAGUGAUGACAUGGAAUACACAGUUUCCAUGUCCUACCUGGAGAUUUAUAAUGAAGUAAUCCGUGAUCUCCUGAAUCCAUCUUUAGGAUUUCUGGAGCUGAGAGAAGAUUCCAAAGGAAGCAUCCAGAUAGCGGGAAUUACUGAGGUCUCUACCACAAAUGCCCAAGAGAUCAUGCAGCUGUUAAUUAAAGGGAACAAGCAGAGGACUCAGGAGCCCACAGCAGCCAACAAAACUUCUUCCCGUUCCCACGCCGUGCUACAAGUGACCGUGAAGCAAAGAAGUCGGCUGAAGGAUCUUUCUGAGGAAGUUCGAGUGGGGAAGCUUUUCAUGGUUGAUUUGGCAGGAUCAGAGAGAGCAUCCCAGACACAGAAUCGAGGCAAGAGAAUGAAGGAGGGAGCUCAUAUCAACCGUUCUUUGCUGGCUCUCGGUAACUGUAUCAAUGCACUGAGUGAAAAGGGGGGGAGUCGUUCUCAGUAUGUCAAUUUUCGGGACAGCAAACUCACACGCCUGUUGAAGGAUGCCUUAGGAGGGAAUAGCAGAACUGUGAUGAUUGCCCAUAUCAGCCCUGCUAGCACUUACUUUGAAGAGUCCCGGACAACCUUGAUUUAUGCCUACCGAGCAAAAAAUAUUAAGACAAGGGUUAAACGUAAUCUACUGAAUGUCUCCUAUCAUAUUGCCCAGUAUACGGACAUAAUUUCAGACCUACGUAGAGAGAUUGAACAUCUGAAGUCAAAAAUUGAAAAGCAAGAAAAGGAGAAGAAAAAUGGACCUGAUAUCAGAGAUGUGCAAGCAGAAGUCCAUCAUGACUCAGAGGAAGAUAGCCGGAUGCAGAUGAAUAAGAUUCGGGGACAAUUGAUCGGUGCAUUCAAGGAGCAGAUGGAAAUGAGACGGAGUCUUAUGGAAUUAGAAAACACAAAUAUUGAGCUGCAUAUUGAUACCUCCCGACACCUCUUGACAAUAGCAGACUGGGAACGAGAAAAGGCCCAUCAGGCUCACAAGGAGAAAGAUGAUGAAAAUGUAGAAGCUGAUGGUGAAGAAGAAGGAGAGACCAAUGAACCUCAUGAAGUUUCCAUAGCCAGAGAGGAGAUCAACAUGCUCUUAGCAGAACAACGGAAAACGGCAGCCCUAAAGGCUGGGCUGGAGCAACGCUUAGCUAACACUAAGAAGAAAGCCUCCCAGAUGGAGAAACUGUUACCCAAACAAAUAAUUAACAAGGACCAGAGGGAGGUAUUGAGGCUUCUCUGUAAAGCCCAUGAGCUUGAGGUGGAGAACACUGAGCUGCAGGCAAACAACUUGUACCAGAAGAACCUUCUGUGCCAGAAGGAUUUCGUGAUUCAGAGGUACCAUCAGCACCGGCUUCUCUGUGAGGAAAUCAUCCAGCAGCAGCGGGAGCUGAUAAAGGGUAAUUGGAUCCCUGUUGCAGAGCCAUUGGAAAAGCGUUAUCGACUAUACUCUCAAGAAUUAGAGGAGGGGACCCUAAAUCGUCUACUUCUGCUCCAUUCAGUGAUGUUUAACUCACUCAGGGAUGGCUGUGAUCUGAAUAUAGCUCAACAGGCAGACCUGCAUAAGGAGGAUACCAGCAGAGACCAGCUUGACAAUAGGAAAGACCUUCCUUGGGGAGCAAAAUUUGAACUUCCACCUAUCGUCAUAGAGCCAGACAGUGAAGGUUACAAGUCAUCAAAAGUCACUCCAUCUAAAAAACCAGGAAAGAGAGAUUCUCUUCUUACUCCCACUUCUUUUCGCCUUCUGAUAACUCCUCCGGUUCAUGAGAAAGCCAGUUCUCUCAGCAUGAAAAAGAUGGUCUCCAAGUUGUGUUCUCCCACCAAUCUGGAUUUAAGCAUGAAGAAAUCAAGUGAGGAUGUAUCUGCUACCUCACUGAGUGCAGAGGCCUUGAAAGAGAUGGCCGUGAGCACAAAGAGCAUCUCUCUGAUUGCGGCCAGCAGGCGUUCCAAGACCCAUGACCCUGAAGGUGGAAGCAGCCUCUCUACAGUGCAUUCCCUGGAUGAGGGGGCAUCGGAGCCAAAGUACUGGAAGCCCAGCCUUACUCCUGAUCUGUCAGAGUCUCAGAGGAAAGCCGAGGCUGACAGGAGGCAAUUGUAUUCUAGUCCUAGGAGGGGAAGACAGAGAAACAGCUCCUUGGAGAGGAAAGCCAAGAAGAAAAGACCCCCCUCCGGAAUUAGAAAUGCCCAAAUGGGCACCGAGAAGCUCCCAAUUCCCAUGAUAGAUCACCCUUCUGAAAAGCAGUUAUCCCAAACUCACCUCAUGCAGCAUUCUAAGGCCACUAAGACCCUGUUUCCUGCAGUUCCCGCAGCCACCAAGACCAAAUUUCCCACCAGUCUCCAUGCAGAUGAAAACACACUGCAGGUACCUGAAAUCAGCUUCACUUUUCCUAGUGCCAUCUGGCACAGGACAGAAUUGAAGACCAAGCCUCCCCAGAGAAGUCAAAGGAUCUGCAGAUAGCGGCACUGGCUUUCAUAGCUCCUUGCAUCCUGGAAUCACCCGAAAGCAACUAGGAGGAAGUGAGAAGAAACAGGGGAGACCAAAAUAAACUGCCCAUGCUAAAGGAGAACAGCAGCUACUAGGAGAAAUUGGGUAUAAACAAAGCUUUGCUUGCAUAAAUAAAUUUGGGGAAAGGAGGGAGGAGGCAGUGAAACUUGGGAGGCCCGUGAAGUAUUUAUCUAACUUCUGCUCCUCUUCUACACAAAUCAGAAAAAAGAAAAAAAACAAUUUUCUUUGACUUUUAAAGACCAAAUUGGUGAUUAACCUACUGACAGUCUUUUGAAGAAAGAUCUAAUCCUUGAUGCCUUAGUAGAAUUUUCCCCAGGCUUCCAACAACAAUGUUCAUAAUUAUCUUUAGGGUCUGGUGAAUGUGCCCCACAUUCUGGGGCAUAGCAUCUUGCCAGAGUGUCAGCCGGUGAGGAAGAAGAGGCCAAAGCACUUCUUGUUCUAGGAAGCUGAGUUGGAUUAGGUUGAUUACCAGAUCCCCAUAGUUCUUUCUCCUAUAUUUUUAUUUAAUGUAGUAGACAGACUGUUGGGCUUGGAAUCAAGAAAACCUGUGUUCCAAUCUUGCCUCCAAAAUUACCAGCCCUGUGACCCUGGGCAAGUCUCUUAACCUCAUUUAUAUCUUUGCUUCCUUCUAUGUAAAAUAAAUGAGUUGGGCAUGAUGAUAUCUAAGGUCCUUUCUAGCUCUCAAACCACUAUUCUUUUCUCUUACAGUAUCUGCUUCCCUUCUCCCUUUCCCCUCCACAUAAACUCUCCACAGCACUACAGCUCUAAGAUUUGGGGAGAGGGUAUCAAGGGGAACCCUUACAGAGGGAUUUUCCUGUGCCCUGAACGACAAGACCCAAAUCUUUCCUUCCUUCCAUAUAUGACUCCCAAAAAUCUUCCCUUUAGGAAGGAGAAUGAGGCAAUGACAUGUCCCACUUUAGGGAUUAUGGAAGCCUUUUCUCUUCUCUGUGUAGGGGAUGACAUUUUCUUACAGGAAACACAAGUAAAAAUGACUUGGGCAGAGAUCUGGCACUUUUAUGAAUUUCAUAUCAAAGUUCUGAAUGAAGCUUUAGAGGGUAAUUUGUACUAUGCCAAGUCAAGUCUGGCUGCUAAAUGUUUUUCUUUCUAACUUCAAGACUUCCAGUGAUAUAGAGGGAGACAUAUUUUGUAAAUAAAUAUGGGGGGUGGGAAAUGUGCUGUGUAACACCAGCUGUAAAUAAAACAUCAGUUGUUUUCACUGAAAAA